GUUUGCACAAAACAUUGCACUCAAAAUGAUUUCUUCGUUCAGCUCUUUGUUAAAAUUAAUUCGCUGUCGAACCGCAUAUAUCGAUGAAAGUGUGUUUCGUUUGCAUAGUUUGUACACAACAUUGCUUUUGCUCUUCUUCUUUGUGUUGAUCACAACCAAACAACUCGCCGGAGAGCCCAUCGACUGCGACAGCAAUCGGGGCGGUGUUAAGGAGUCGGUCCUCAACACCUAUUGUCUUAUUCACAACACAUAUCUCAUUCAAAGCGGUUUCAAUGAUCAGAAUUUGGGCAUUUUUAACGCAUAUCCCGGCGUACAGGCCGACAAAGGCGACGACAAAACCUAUCAAUACUAUUACUAUCAAUGGAUUUGGUUUAUAUUUUUCAUAGAAGCCGUGUUUUUCUAUACUCCCCGAUGGGUGUGGAAGUACUGCGAGUCCGGGACUAUGGCUCACAUACUGUCCAAAAGCAAGACAUACGCUGUGGAGCGCUUGAAUUAUGACCAAAUAUCAAACCAGUCUUACGCAACCAAAUAUAUGUCCUGCCUCAUUUUGGCACUUUUCAAUGUCUGCUUUCAGACCCUCUUAAUUAACUAUAUGGUCGGCGGAGAGUUCUUAACGUACGGAUCAAAUGUCUUCAAUUUCUUAAGGGACGAACCCGAGAAAAGGAGAGAUGAGAUGGCCAAGGUUUUCCCACGAAUGGCAAAAUGCACAUUUCGUAAAUACGGCUCCUCUGGAAGUAUUCAAACUUUCGACGCGUUAUGUGUUUUGCCAUUAAAUAUGUAUAACGAGAAGAUCUUUAUAUUCCUGUGGUUUUGGUUUAUAUUAGUGGCAACUCUUCUGUUGGGCUCUAUUCUCGUCAAAUUCGCUCUUCUGUUUAGCCAAAAAUGUCGUAAUCUUUAUGUGAAAGUUAUGUUUCAUCACAAUAUUAAUGGAUACGACAAUCUCUACCAGAAACUAGACUUUGGCGAACUUAUUAUUCUAAUAUUGAUAAAGGAAAGUAAAGGACAGUUGUAUAGCAGAGAAGUACUUCAGGAGUUGUUGGAGUUGUAUAAGAGACCCAAAUGUGAGCGAAAGGAUUGUCUGAAACAAAGAUAUAAAGAAAGAGAAAAGUUAGAGAAGGAUAUGAUAGAGAAGGAGGCGAUGGAAGACAAGAUGAUCAAAGAUGGCAUUGAAAUCGUGUAA